UUCCAUCGAAGUAAAGUGUCAGCAACUUUAUGCUCAAAAGAUGGAGAAAAUAAAUAGAAGUACAUUUUUGAUAAUCGGUGGAGGAAUCGCGGGUGUUUCAUGUGCAGAGCACUUAACUGCAUCAUGUCCUGAGGAAUCAGUAACGCUUAUCACAGCAACGGAUCUCGUGAAAUCUGUCGUGAAUUUGAGAGAGUAUGGUCGUCAUCUGCAAGUGUUUGACGUCGAAGCCAAGCCUGGGAGUUACCUGUGUAGCGAGAAAAAGAAACUGAGGGUCGUUAAAGCUGUCAUUGUAUCGUUUGAUCCGCAAGCCCAUUCAGUGACCACAGAUGAGGGUCAAGUUUUCUUCUAUAAGAAGUUGUGCAUAUGUACUGGCGGGCAACCUAAAGUGAUUGACAAGGACUGCCCCCAUGUGAUCGGUAUACGGGACACUCAGAGUGUGCAUGACUUCAGGACCAGGUUGGCCAAAGCAAGGCGUGUCAUGAUCGUUGGAAAUGGAGGGAUUGCAUUGGAAUUGGCGUAUGAACUCAGAGGAUGUGAGGUUAUUUGGGCCAUCAAAGACAAUGCUAUUGGGAAUACCUUUUUUGAUAAAGGAGCUGCUUCAUUCUUUUUACCACACCUUGCUUCUGGUGAUUCUGGAGACGGCUGCAAGUGCAAGCAGAGAUUAGUGAAGAGAAUGAAAUAUGGUACUGAAGAAGACAAGUGUGGUUCUGCCUUAAAGAAAGAAUGUUCUGGAACCUCACGGCCCAAUGGUGGGGCAUUGGGACCAGACUGGAGCUCAGACCUUCAUCUUCAUGGGGAUGCCUCAACAAGACAGGUUCAUGUGGAAUAUGAUUGCGAAGUCUCUGGAAUACUAUCUCCAGGAGAAAUAUCCAUACAAGGUUUAAAGCCAAACCAAUUCCCCUCUGCCUUGGUAGAUAAUGGUCUUCAUACGUCUUUUGAAGACUCAUUGGAUUGGCCAGUUUAUGUAAGCUUAACAAAUAACAGGAUUUACGGUUGUGAUUUUGUGGUAUCAGCAACUGGCGUAACUCCAAAUGUAGAGCCUUUUCUAGGGUGUGGUGGAUUCGAACUAGGUGAGGAUGGUGGCAUCAAAGUUGACAAAAACAUGAAGACUAAUAUACCAGAUGUCUACGCGGCAGGUGACGUAUGUUGUGCUUCUUGGGAGCCUUCCAAAUUCUGGUUUCAAAUGCGGCUGUGGAGCCAAGCAAGGCAAAUGGGGGCGUUUGCUGCAAGGUGCAUGGACUUACACAAUAAAGGAGAGGAAACAGACCUGGAUUAUUGUUUUGAGCUUUUUGCGCAUGUGACUCAGUUUUUCGGGUAUAAAGUUGUACUGCUUGGGAAAUACAAUGCACAGGGGCUUGGAAGUGACUACCAGCUAUUAUUGCGCUGCACCAAAGAAAAGGAAUACAUUAAAGUUGUGAUGCAAAAUGGACGCAUGGUCGGUGCUGUGCUGGUUGGGGAGACGGAUAUGGAAGAAACUUUUGAGAAUUUGAUUUUGAAUGAACUCGACCUCAGCGAAUUUGGAGAGUCCUUGCUUGAUCCUGGAGUAGACAUAGAUGAUUUCUUUGAUUAGCUGUGGUACCCAAUUAGCAUGUAUCUCGUAUCAAGAGACUUGGAUGUUGAAAUAACACCGAAAACUAAGCUUGAAAAAUUGAAAAAAACUGAAGGCGAAGCACGCCGGAUCUAUAGGUCCACAGGCUUACCAUUACCAUAAAGUUGUCUUUGGUGUCAACGUUAUGAGAUUUCAUUCCUUUAUUUUGUAAUAGAUCAUUGCUCGAGCGAGCAGAGCGAGCGAGAGCAACACUAAUUUCGGUCAUCGUGUCGAUUCGGGUUUCCUGUGGAACAAACCGUCGCCAUCUUGGAAACGAAAUAUCACGUCCCCUCCCCUCAUCGUCAAUUAAAAGUCUAUACGUUGCCUUUCCAGCUCCAGCUUCAUUUUGGAUCUUUUCCUCGCGAACUCCAGCCCAGCGAAAUACAGAGAAAAGAGGCCUCUGCUAGCAGGGAACGAUUUGGACGGACUCUGUGGAAACCAAGAGUUGGGCUACCUUUGGCAGUCAGGCACCAGGAUUUUUCGCACAUACCUUGUGUUUCCGAUAAUGUUGAAAGCUCCUUCUUCGAUUUAUACCGCGGAUACGAUGGCGAUAUCAAAGAAUUAUUUGCAAUGUCCAGUCCAGAACUACUAUGAUUGCAAAUCAUUGCCCAAGAAAUAAAAAAAAAUGGAUUGCUUCAUUAUUUUAAACCAAGGCAAACACAGCCACGGAGAAGACACAGAGAUUCUUUAGAAAUCAGUGGGCUCCAGUGAAUACUGCAGUGUACUUACAUGAAGAAGCUAUUGUUAGGGAAAACCAGGAGAUCAUAAAUUCUGCAUAGUUCACUAUAUGUUAAUACAUGAGCAGUAAUCUUUUCAGUAGCUAUUAUCAUGGCCACCACUUAGACCCAAAUAGCUUACUGCGUAUGUACAGGCAUGCAGCUCGGGGUGGGCACAUGGGUUGUGCCCCUCCUACUCAACCACCAAAAAGCAGUCUUUUUUAAAAAUAUACUUACUUUCCAUAAUAUCUAUGACUGCACAUCCCCUCCACAGCUAAUCAGAUUGUUUAUUAUGGUUAUCAGACUUCACCUUUCCUUUUCUAGACCUACAAUGCCUUCAAUUAAAUAAUUUCUUUUGUUUAAUAAAAUAAGAUUACAAGCAA